AUGGAAAAGCAUCUAGAAUUUAGACAUGCAGGAACUCAGACUUUAAUGAGCAUUUUAAGAGAGUCGUACUGGAUCAUUAAGACAAGAAAAACAGUUAGACAAGUUAUUCGAAGAUGUGUGAUAUGUAGAAUAUACGGAGCUCAGCCUAUUGAAACCAUUAAUGUUCUUCUUCCAGAAGAUCGCGUGACAGAGACUAUGGUGUUUGAAGUUGUUGGAACAGAUCUGUGUGGACCAUUCUUCUUAAAAGAGGGCCAUAAAAGUUGGGUAGUGAUUUUUAUAUGCGCGGUUUACCGUGCGGUUCAUCUUGAACUUGUGUUAUCCUCAUCAACCGAGUGUUUUCUUUUGACCUUCAGAAGAUUCAUCGCUAGAAGAGGCAGGCCCUUCAUAGUCUACUCAGAUAACGGGACAAACCUAGUAGGAGCAGCUAACGAGCUAAAAUCUGUAAAUUGGGAAGAAGUCGGAAAUUUUGCCACAGCAAAGAAAAUACGAUGGAAGUUUAAUCUCCCCUCCGCUCCUUGGUAG